GCGCACGCGCAUAUCUGGCCAGUGUCGAUACCGGCGAGGGGAAAAUGGCGGUGGAGGGGCCGGAGCAGAUGGACCUGGAUGAGGGCAAGGGUGGGACAGGGCUGCGCCAGUAUUACCUGUCCAAGAUUGAGGAGCUGCAGUUGAUAGUUAAUGAUAAGAGCCAGAAUCUCAGACGUCUGCAGGCCCAGCGGAAUGAACUUAAUGCCAAGGUACGCCUGCUUCGUGAGGAGUUGCAGCUUCUGCAGGAACAGGGUUCCUAUGUGGGUGAAGUUGUGAGGGCUAUGGACAAAAAAAAGGUGCUAGUCAAGGUUCACCCAGAAGGCAAGUUUGUGGUUGAUGUGGAUAAAAACAUAGACAUCAAUGAUGUGACACCAAACUGUCGUGUUGCUCUGAGAAAUGAUAGCUACACACUCCACAAGAUAUUACCAAACAAAGUUGACCCUCUGGUUUCAUUGAUGAUGGUGGAGAAAGUCCCAGAUUCCACUUAUGAGAUGAUUGGUGGCCUUGACAAGCAGAUCAAAGAGAUUAAGGAAGUGAUUGAGCUUCCAGUCAAACAUCCAGAGCUUUUUGAAGCUUUGGGCAUUGCUCAACCAAAGGGUGUGCUAUUGUAUGGACCCCCUGGUACUGGAAAAACUUUGCUGGCCCGGGCAGUGGCUCAUCAUACUGACUGUACCUUCAUCCGUGUCUCUGGCUCUGAGCUUGUGCAGAAAUUCAUUGGAGAAGGUGCACGAAUGGUGCGUGAGCUUUUUGUCAUGGCACGGGAGCAUGCUCCUUCCAUCAUCUUCAUGGAUGAGAUUGACUCCAUUGGUUCUUCUCGCUUGGAAGGCGGAUCUGGUGGGGACAGUGAGGUACAGCGCACAAUGUUGGAAUUGCUCAACCAGCUUGAUGGUUUUGAGGCCACUAAGAACAUCAAGGUAAUUAUGGCAACCAAUCGCAUAGACAUCUUGGAUUCAGCCCUGCUUCGUCCUGGCCGCAUUGAUAGAAAAAUUGAAUUCCCACCUCCAAAUGAAGAGGCUCGACUAGACAUCCUGAAGAUUCACUCUCGUAAGAUGAAUCUGACAAGAGGGAUCAAUCUGCGGAAGAUUGCAGAACUAAUGCCGGGGGCUUCCGGGGCUGAGGUCAAGGGUGUGUGUACAGAGGCUGGAAUGUAUGCAUUGAGGGAGAGGAGGGUACACGUCACUCAAGAAGACUUCGAAAUGGCUGUAGCAAAGGUGAUGCAAAAAGACAGUGAGAAGAAUAUGUCUAUCAAGAAGCUCUGGAAGUAAUAAAAAGUUGCUGCUGUUUGAUCAAGUUA